AAUAAAAUAUUUGACUUUUGUUUUCGAUGUAUCGAUAUUGCACUAUUCGAUAUGUUCACGGCCGUCAUUGGUUUUAUCGAUAAGUCGAUGUCUAUCGAGCAACACUUUUGCAUGUGUGGUUGUUAUUAAGCGGGGAACAUUAAUGUAAAGUUUUAAUUAUAAAACUAAGAAAAUGAAUGCGCCACCGAUGAAUCGAAUUCCUGGUAAGGCUCAAACUAAGGAACUAUAUAUCAAAGACCUCAAAACGCUUAGAUACCAUGAACUGAUAGAAAUUAAAGAUAGGCAAAGCAAUCUUUUGGCAUCCAAAAAGCGAUUGCAGAGUUUGCCAGAUAAAGGAAAACGUAUACAGGAGGCAUAUGAGAAGUUGCUUGCUGAGAUUCAACGUCGAGACGAUGUGGAGGCAACUGCUAACCUUUUCGGCGAGCUGAAUAUUGCAUCGAAAGGUAAAAGAACGCUCAACAACCUGGAAUGGCAUGGUCGAGCCGCUGUUGACAGCUCAAACGUGUCGGAUCUACUCGACAGUGACGAUGAGCAAGAUAUGGAUCCGUUGCGUGUUAUCGCACAAGGCACAAUGCACCAGCGCCAGGUAAAAGUGCUGCCGCCGCCCGCCACACUUAUUACUCCUGAAGAUGUGGCUGACAUAGCAUCGUUUAGACAAACGCCCAAUUCGUUAGAUUCAACGCUGACCGAUCAAAGCGCAUCAAGCAGCUUAAACGGGAUAGACGGCAGCAAAACGAUCCCAGCUGAAUUAAUAGAAGUUGAUGUAGCCACAUUGGUUGAUAAACAUCCUCCUGGAACUAUGUUUGAACAACAUGCACUGUAUCUCAUAGAAAAAACCGAAUUGCCAGUUUUGGCAACGGCUCGUGAAAAGUUCAGACCUUUUCGGACUACGGUAUCAAAUGUGCACGAUCCUGCGAAGGAGCGCAUACGUAAAAAAGGCAAACAUUGGGAGAUCACCGCCGCAACGCCGCCACUCAUACAACACAAGGAGACCCAGCUAGUGCCGCUGGCUGAAUCUGCCAGCCUUCAGAUCGAUUAUAUGCAGAAAGUCAAGGAGUUACGCAUACAGCAGGCUGAAGAGCGUCUGGCCAAGCAAACUGGAACAGUAACUAGCAUCCGUUUACCCGAGGAAUCCGUACUGAAGUCCAAAUCGUCAUUUAACAUAUACCGCGAUCCGCAGGUGGAUUAUCUUAUUGAAGGCCGGCAACGUACUGGCGAACAAAAUGAAGUGCUUGAUCCAACGAUAUUAGAGAAAGCCUCAGGUGGCGUUAGUUACGCAGUUUAUAAGUGAACAUUCAAGCUUGUUAAGGUCAAACAGUAGCGGCUAACUGCGCUCCUUUAUUAUAUAGUGGCCAAUUAAUCUUAUGAUGGUUCAGAAUUUUUCAAAUUGAAACAAGUGUGUGAUCUAAACAGUUAUAAUAUUUUAUUCUGCGUAUAAUGUAUUUAAUAUAUCUUUUUUAAACAGCUACCAAA